CAGCCGGGGGCAGAGCAGCAGAGGGAGCCGAGACCGUGAGAGUGUCAACAGCCAGUAAACGACCUGCAGCCGGACGGAUCCACGACGGAACCACGGUGAGUUAAUGUACUCCCGUCUCUCUCCUGACGCCCUCUGGGUUCCACUGCUCAGUCUGCUGCUCCUCUGCAUACCUGCAGCGCACACAGCUAAAUGUCCCCAGCAGUGUGUGUGUGACCAGAUCCAGCUCACUGUGACCUGUGCCAACAAGAACCUCACCCAAGUUCCUCCCACUGUUGAUGAGAUCACAGUGAAAUUAGAUCUUCGAGGUAAUGACAUCCAGGAACUUCCCACAAGGGCUUUCAAACACACGCCCUACCUGACUCACCUGUCGCUGCAGCGUUGUAACAUCCGUAGGGUGAAGGAGGGGGCCUUCCGCGGCCUUGGACGCUUGGUCUUCCUCAACCUGGCCAACAACAACAUCGAGAUCCUCUACCAGGAGUCGUUCGAUGGUCUGUCCUCACUGAAGCAGCUUAUGAUUGAUCGCAACCGUGUGGAGGAGAUCCAGCCUGGAGCUUUCUCUCAGCUGGGCUUCCUCAACCUGCUCUCCAUCACGCACAAUAGGCUGGUCUACAUCCCCAACCUUGCCUUCCAGGGCUUGCAGAACAUCAAAUGGCUUCGUCUCAGUCACAACUCUCUAAACUACCUGGACACAGAGGCCUUUGCUGGUCUCUUCACACUCACCCGUCUCAGUCUGGAUCACAAUGAGCUGCAGUUUUUUCCCACUGAGACCAUGACUAGAUUGCCAGAGGUGACCCGUCUGGAUCUUAGCUAUAACCCAAUGACUUACCUUGGAGAAGAGGCAGUGUCCAUGACAAAGCUCACCCACCUCUUCCUGGACCACAUGUCCCUGCAGGACAUGGCUAACACAGCUGUUUCGAAAUCCCCCAGCCUCACCCACCUGGACAUCAGCUACAACCAGCUGCGUGUCAUCCAGCCCCUCUCUGAAGGUUCACCCAAGCCGGCACGCCUCAACCUGGCUGGGAACCCCAUCUACUGCAACUGCUAUCUGCGUCCGCUCAGGGAGUGGGCAAUCCGUAGCAAGGUGAAGCUGAUGGGGACAUGCGGAGGACCAGCCCAUCUCUCUGGAGAAAACCUGGAGGCCGUCCACCCUCCAGAGCUGCGCUGCCAGAGCCAGGAGGCCAUGCUGAAGGCCGAGUUCGAGGAAGCAACCAGGAUCACACCGCCACCCACUGAAGAGCCAGAGAACAAAGUCAAGUGUCCUGCCAACUGUGUCUGUGAGGCUGAGACGCAUCACUCUUCGUGUGAAAACCGCAGUCACACCAAAGUUCCUCGGGGUUUCUCACCCAACACGCGCCUCCUGGACCUGCGUGGUAACCACUUCCACUACAUCCCUAGCAACAGCUUCCCAGGUGUCGCCCAGGUUGUGUCCCUGCACCUGCAGCGCUGCAAGAUUGUGGAGGUGGAAGGCGGGGCUUUCAGUGGGAUGAAAGGACUGAUCUACCUGUACCUGUCAGAGAAUGACCUCACUUCCCUCAGCCCUGAUGCCUUUAAAGGUCUCCCUCAACUGACUUACCUCCACCUGGAGAAUAACCGCUUCACCAGCUUCCCUAAAGGAGCAUUCAAACUGGUGCCCAGCCUGCUAGCGCUUCACUUGGAGAACAACGCCAUCACCAAGCUGGAGCCGGGCAUAUUGACCGGGGCAGAGGGUCUCAGAGCUCUCUACCUCACGGGGAACGCCAUUGAUCACGUGUCGCCCAGGGCUCUGGAUCACACCAGUGACCUUGAUACGCUCCACCUGGGAGGAAACAAGCUGAAGGAGGUGCCCACCGAAGCACUGAGCAAGGCAGGGAACCUCAGAGACCUGAGGCUGUCUGGGAAUUCAAUUCGCUGGGUGGGGCCAAAUGCUUUUCAACCACUGGAGAGGUCGCUGAAGGAGCUGUAUCUAGAUAACAUGGGACUGGAAAAGAUGUCACAGAACUCCCUCGCAGGACUGGGUCCAGGGUUGAGAAGUCUAUUCCUGGAGGGCAACCAGCUGGAGGAGGUGCCUGACUUCCACCCUCUCACUUCUUUGGAGGUCAUCAACCUGGCUGACAAUCCUCUGAUGUGUGACUGCCCUCUGCUGCCACUGCGCUUGUGGAUUGAAAAAGUCAACCUGAAGGUACGAGCCACCUGUGCCAAUCCCCCUGAGCUGAGGAGUCGCAGGGUCAAGGACGUCCACGUCUUUAAAGCCUGCCCUGGAGGAGAGAGCCUCCCCUCGACCCCUACAGUCACCCCAAAGUCCGCUAAGGCACCCAAGGCAACCAAACCCAAACCAAUGCACCUCAAUGGCCUUAGGCAUGUCAAAAUGCUGAAAGUCAAAACCAAACUUCGCAAGAGUCCAGACACCAAACAGGCAGCAGGCAAGAAAACCAAGAAACGCAGUAUGGCUUGA